UCACUUGGUGUUAACAUUCGUUCUCGUCUUACCAAUUACAUUUUAAAACUUUCAUCACCAUGCAGCGUGUACAAAGUCGACGAUCGGAAGUCAGCGAAUCUGAAGUUGAUGGCUUGGUUGAACAAGAAUUGGCCAAGUUACAACGCCAAUAUAGGAUCAUGGAAGGAGAUCGUAAAGCCUACAGUGAAGAAUCACAAAAUUUGAUUCGAAAACAGAG